CGGAACAGAAGAUAUUUCGCACCAAAUUCAUUCAAAACAGAAGGUAGUUACUGAUAAUGGAGGAGGCAUGUUGUGGAGCUUGUCAUCAGCGUUUGAUGUUACAUAAUAGAUGCUGCACAAAUGCCUGCAAUGCGCACCUAAGGCGACCAAAUUUCAUAUCUGGAUAUACAGGGAAAAUUCCUAUUAACCUACGUUGGACGGGUGAUGAGCAUCCUUCUGAAAGUAGAGAUUUUCUCUCUCGCUGCAGAGCUCCUGUUAACAAUUUCUAUGUAGUCCAUUGUUCACAAUAUCUUCCUGAUGGCACAUUGGAGUUGCCCAAAAUUAGUUCAAAAAUCCCUGACCCUCUUCGACAUGCUAUAGCUAGUUAUGUCAAUCAUCCGCAAAUUAGAGGUGGUUCUGUCAUAUGCCAUCACAUUCAUCCCGUAGACAAAAUGACGUUUCCUUGCCGUAGUCAAAGUGGCACUGUGUGUGCCUAUCCUGUGUUCAACUGAACUGCAAAAGAAAAGUGCGCAACAGAUGGCUUGCGGAUGUGGCUUGUUAUUCAUGGACUAUCUAUUGACGCCGAAAAGUAUCACAUGGAACUAGAAAUAUUAAAAUCUUUAUUUUAAUAUCAUUUAUGUAAA